GUUCUCCGUGUGUUCUUCAUCGACGACGUCAUCGGCAGUUGUUGUUGUUGCUGCUGCUGCUGUUGGUUCCUGUUUUCGCUUUUUACCGUUCAGUCAAUGACCACAUUGUGUACACAACUGCACUGUUAGUAUGUGUGUGUGUGAGCCAUUCCUGCCGGAAGUUGAAGCCGCCGCCUGGUCAUUCUCGCUGCUUGGCUGCAAGCUCUCUCUCUUUAGUCCUUUUCCGCUCGUCCUCUCUCUGUCUCUCUGCUGCUCUCUCUGGGUUAUGCCUGAGUUGCUUUGGACAAGUUUAGAGGACAGGAUCCUUGGUGGACACCCCGCCACUUUUUGUUUCUUUCGUUUCAAGUCCUGCCGUGCAGUGUGGCCGUUCUUUUGUGCUCUGGUCACGCUUUGAUCCUACCGUUAGCCUCUUCCCCAAGCUCCAUUUUCCCAUAGGCGUCGCCGGGCUAAUGACAUGUUGUAAAUUAUACUACCACGCGGCAUUCCUUUCGCCGUUUCAAGCUGCUGUAAUUACUCAGCCCGGUUUCCUUUUUUUGUUCCUCUCCUUCGCUCCCCGUCCGGUUUUAUUAUUUUGCGUCGGUUUUUGUAUGGGUUUUCUGCACACAGGAUGCAAGAAACCUUGUUAUCGAAACGCUAUCACGUAAUUGCUCGCUGCAGUUGCAGAUGUGCUUAUUUGUAUUCGCCAAGCGCAAAUGCCGUUAAAUUGAACAUUAUUAGGGGAUUUACUAAAUUAUGCUUUUACGCUUUGGGGAAAUUAAUGUCCUUAACAGUUUUAACAAUACGACAUUUUCUUAUUACCGAAAUGAUUGGUAAAUAUAGUUAAGGACGGUAUGAUUUAAAACAUAUAAUGCGAUCGGCUUGAAAUGGUAAAAAUAUCUACAAACGGAGUUCACAGGAUCAAGCUUAAAUUAUCUUGUAAAAGGUAAUGCAGUUUCCUACACUUUAAAAACGGAAAAUCGAACGAAAAUCUUGUAUACACUGUAUAGGAAGCAAUAAAUUGAAAUUGGUUAGCAUAAACGUAAACAAACAAUUAUGACAAACGAGCAAUUGCUCUGAACGCUAUUUGUUGGUUUUGCAAUUAUUAUAAAAAUAUGCAAUUAUGGAGUUCGAGACACACGAAGCCGUCUCAAGUGCGAGAUUCCUUGCGACCCGUCUCAAGUGGAUCCUCAACCUCUAGCCUCUGUAUCUGUCGUUUACCUACGAACGAUCACUGGCGAUCCGGGAUCACUAAGUCCUAGAUUAGAUCUUCGCCAAAAUCUGAAAUCCGUGCCAGGACAAUGCAUAAUGAGGAUUAAGUCCUUUGCGAUUUCUCUGACUGCUUACUGACAUGCCGAGAAAGAGAGAAUGUGCGAAUGGAUUCGCGAUGGCGAAUGCAUUUUUCCUUUCGCCACAUUUGCUUUUCGCAAUGAAACUAAAGAGCAGGAAAAAGGCAUUGUUCGAUCCACGAAUGGAUAGAGGAAAAAGGAGGAGCGAUAAAAACUGCCAGUUUUCCACACGGCUUGCAUUUCCCUAUCCACAAUUAUCCUGUCAAACUUGUUUGCGACGUCUCCCUCUUGCUCUACACCAAUUUUCCUUUCGCAUUAUGCUUUGACCAGAGCAUUCGCAUUAAAAGGACAACGCUCUUGUGCGGCGCGACUGUGUGUGCGUGAGCGUGUCUGUGUUGCGUGCUUGCUGUGUGUGUGUGUGUAUGUGUGUGAGUGCGAGCGAAGAGCGAGUUCUUUCGACGCCUGCGUCGCCAUCGUCCUGGCAUCGAACUGGCGUUCAGUCGACGCUUGCCACUCAGACCGCUCAGACAUGUCGCGCCCGUCGUGAGUGCCAGUUAGCCAUCCACAUUAAUAUACAUAUAUAUAUAAAUAUAUCCUCGAAGAGAGAGAGCAGCAGCCAUAAAGUCGAAGACUGUGUAAAACGCAAAACAACGACGCCAUCAGAUGUUGCAGGAUAACAUAAAAUAAUACCAAAGCUAAAUCAUUCUACAAGAAUUGCAAAACCCAGAAAAUAGUGCUCAAGUGUAUAGUAUAAAACAUCAAAUUGUGCAAAUUAGUUACAGUUAGUUAAAGCAGAAGCAGAAGUUUCAUAUGCAAAUACACAAAAAAUAAUGUGCAAUAAACUACAAAUCACUUCAAACAAAGGCAACGCAGCAGCAUCCAAAACUUCAGUCACAUCCAGUUGGAGUUGCUCAUAUAGUCAUAAAAGUACUUUUGGCAUUUUGUUGGGAUUUACGCAUGGAGAACAUCGAAUAAACUAGAGAAGCAGAACUAAAAAAAAACCCAUCAAAGCACAUCACAAUUCCAGAUCGAAGCAACCUAGCUGUAAAAGAAGUGUCUGACAACAGGUCGGAAUUGAAAAAGAAAAAUAGAAAAACAGAGACGAAGAUGAAAAUGUCAGAGGUGCCACGCAUCAAGGUCUUCCGACCCACUUGGGAGGAGUUCAAGGACUUCCCCAAGUACGUGGCCUACAUGGAGUCACAGGGUGCCCACAAAGCCGGUCUGGCCAAGGUGGUGCCUCCGCCGGAAUGGGUGCCCCGUCGCAGUGGGUACGCUGAUCUCGAUGCUCUGAAUGUCACGAUUCCGGCGCCCAUUUGCCAGGUGGUUACCGGCAAACAAGGCUACUACCAGCAGAUAAACAUACAGAAAAAGCCACUCACAGUAAAGCAGUUUAGCGAGUUGGCCAGCACCGAGCGUUAUGCCACACCCAAACACUUUGACUUUGAGGAUCUGGAGCGCAAGUACUGGAAGAACAUAACAUAUGUGGCGCCCAUUUAUGGGGCAGAUGUCAGCGGAAGCAUCACAGACACCGACCAGGAUAGCUGGAACAUCAACCGGCUGGGCACUAUUCUUGACUAUGUCAACAAGGAUUAUAACAUCCAGAUAGACGGCGUGAACACAGCCUACUUGUACUUUGGCAUGUGGAAGACAACCUUUGCAUGGCACACGGAGGACAUGGAUCUCUAUUCCAUCAAUUACUUGCACUUUGGGGCGCCAAAGACGUGGUAUGUGGUGCCGCCGGAAUGUGGUCGCAAACUGGAGAAGGUGGCCAACCAGUACUUUCCGGCCAGUUACAAGAAUUGCAACGCAUAUUUGCGCCACAAGAUGACGUUGAUUUCACCACAGAUUCUCAAGCAACAUGACGUGCCCGUCAGUAAGAUCACGCAGGAGGCGGGCGAGAUCAUGAUCACGUUUCCGUUCGGUUACCAUGCCGGCUUCAAUCACGGUUUCAACUGUGCCGAGUCCACCAACUUUGCCAUGGAGCGCUGGAUCGAGUACGGCAAGCGGGCGGUGCAGUGCACCUGCAGCAACGACAUGGUCAAGAUCUCGAUGGACACAUUUGUCAAGCGCUUCCAAAGCGAUCGCUACGAUCUGUGGAUGGAGGGGCGUGACGUGGGGCGGCAUCCGGAGGAUCCGCCGAACGGGGUGCUCAGUGCAGCACCCCUGCCACCACACCUCGAUGUCUUGCUGUGUGAUAAAAAAAUGAAAAAGCAAUGCAAUCCUACCAAGGCCAAGAGUUUCAAAGAGCGUAAUCCCGAUCUGGACCUGGAUGAAAUCCAGCAGAAUCCCAACGUGCCAGACGACGUCAAGGCCAUGCUGAAGGAGAGCGUGCUGACGCUGGACACGGGCGAUCUGGCCACGGAUGAGGCUGAUUUUCCCAACGAGGAUGCCAUGAGUCUACAGAGUCCGGCGAAUCUGAAGACCAAGCAAGAGCUGCUUGAGUACAUUGACGACGGCACAGAAGAUGAUGAUGAGGAGGAGGACUUUAAGCGGCGCAAGCAGAAGCGUCGCUAUGAUGCCGACUAUGACGACGAUUGGCUCGCGUCCAAGCGCAAGAAUAACUCGCGAAACAAUCGCGGCCGUAGUCCGCGCACCAAGGACGACCGUUCCAUAUCGCCAGCGUCCUCCACUUCCUCGACGUCGAGGGGCGCAAGGCGUGGCAAGGCAAACGGCGUCCCCCGAAAGACUCCUGCGCGGCGGAAAAAGGAUCCAAGUACCACGCCACCGGCGGUCAGUUCUGCAUCAACUGCCGUAAAAACACCGACAUCCGCCGUGGUCGCUGGAAAAACAUCAGUAGCCACAACCACAACACCACCAGCAGAUGGCGGAGGAGAUGCCAAAAAGGAUCAACAGUCGCUGCAGUUUAUGCAACAAUCGCGUAAAUUUGAGGGCAAGAUACCAAAACUAAGUCAAACGAGUGCAGCAACAGGAGGAGCAACGGCAGCCGCAGAAGCAUCCACAUCCAAGUCUAGUCAAGGGCAGCAGCAACAGAUUGUCUACGUCAACAUGUUGCCCGCGGCCAAUACCCUGAAUGGCAUUCCACAGCAGCAGCAGCAAUAUGCGAGCACGGAUGGAAAUGUCUAUCAGCUGCAAAAUGAAAUACUCUGUGAUGCAAAUGGACAUGCCGUGACUGCCGCCACGGCUUCAUAUCAAACUACGGCCAGUAGUCCGCAGCAGCAGCAACAACAGCAGCAGCAACAGAAUGUUGCAACUAGUGUUGCCGACAAUGUGGUCACAACUAUUAGUUCGUCCUCCAUCCUGCAUACGAACGCCAACACCAACGGAGUGGAUACAAUUGCCGCCACACAGCAGCAACAACAACAGCAGCAGCAGCAACAACAGCAGCAGCACUACCACUAUAUCACCACCACCGGCGAAGAUGGACAAACCCCAACCACCAUAGUGUUCGAGAACUACAACGGCGGAAUGCCAGCGGUCAGUUCUGCCGCACCAACGCCCGUUCCCGUGUCGCAGGCCAACGCACCCGCUACCACGACCACCACUGCCCUGGUCAACACGGACGGCACGAUCAUCGAAUUCGACGGAAGCACGUACGAGGAGUAUCAUGUCCUCAAAAGCGAGCCCGGCAGCAGCGAUUGCCUGAGCAACGGCAGCAGUGCCGUGGCCGCUGACAUAAUCAAGUACGAUCCCCAGCACGGAGUCGUCGGCGACGAGGAGGACGACGAUGAGAACGGCCUGCUGCAUGUGAAGUACGAGGAGCAGAGCCUCGAACACGAUCCGGAAAACGAGCACGAUGCGGAGCAGGAGCAUGAGUAUGAGGAGUACCAGGUGAUCAAGGCCGAGGUGGAGGCCGAGGCGGCGGAGUUGGCAGCUGGCACGACCAGCUACACGAUCAACCAGGAGCAGACGGGUUCAGGCAACACGGUGAUAUCCUCAAUGGUGCCCAAAUCGGGAUCGGCGGCGGCCGCGAAGCAGAAGCGCAAACGCAAGACGCGCGUAAUCGCCGACGACGAGCAGGGCGAGUACCUGGAGAAGAUGAGUGUACGUGGCCUGGACAUUGCCCGCUACGAGCAUAUCAUCGACGGCGUGGCCUACUGCCUGGUCUGCGCCAAGAACGAUAUUUUCAAGACGUUUAAGAACAAGUACAGCUUCCAGCGACACGCCUACCUCUUUCACGAGGGCCAAAACCGCAAGAUAUUCGCCUGCCCCAUCUGUAAUAAGGAGUUCUCGCGUCCAGACAAGAUGAAGAUGCAUAAAAAGGACAAGCACGGCGACGUUCCCAUGCCGCCAUCGGCCACCACGACGCCGCUGAAGGCUGACGGUCCGCCGGCUAAGCGGGCGCGUACCGCUCGCACUCCGCGCGUCCGCAAGACGAAGGAUGGCAGUACGCCGGCCAAGAAGCGGCUGGCGCAGAUCGACAGUGUUCUGGACGACGUGCAAAAUGGGGAGUCUCUGACCAUGGCGCCAGUCAGCGUGAGUCACUCCCAGCAGCAGCAGCAGCAGCAACAGAUGCAGCACAGCAUCACAACGCUGGCUCCCUCGACGCCAUCGCAACCGCAACAUCAGCUGCAGACGCUACCCUCGCUAGACUUCAGCGGCAUGAUCCUGCCUGGAGGCGCACAGCUGGCACUGGCUAAUCCAGGCGCCACCAGCUCCGUGGGACUGCAGCGAGGACCAGCCACGCCGAAUGGUCAGCCGGCGGCGCCCACCACAACGUUGAUCUACUCGAACCAACUGGAACUGCAGCAGGCGCUGCUGCAACAGCAGCUGCACGGCCAGAGCAUCAUGAUCCAGGAUCAAGCCGGCAACCUGGUGCCCCUGCAGCUGGACGGAACCCAGGCGAUAUACACGACGGCGCCGCAGGCUCAGCGCCAACAGACCACGGCCACAUAUCAGACGACGCAGCAGCAGCAACAACAGCCAGCGCAGCAGCCCGCCGGCCAGGCGCAACAGCAGCCUCACUACGAGCUGGACAACGUUACCUAUUUGAGCUCCACGACGGCGGCCACACCGACGUCGACCGAGCAGCAGCAGCAGCAACAACAGCAGCAGCAGCACGUGAUCGGCACGGUUCAGAGCUAUCAGAUCCUGACGCCCGACGGCCUCCAGAACUUCCAACCCAAGCUGGAGACGGCCGAGCUGGGCGACCUGUGUCCCUACUCGCAGUACACCUUCACGACGCACGCCGGAGCGCAGCCCACGCUGAAUGCGAACGCGUUGGACGCGCAGACCCAGCACCAGCAGCACCACCAGCAGCAGCACCACCACCACCAGCAGCAGCAGCAUCACCAGCAGACGCAACUACUGCAGCAACAGCCCUUCGCCACGCAUCACAAUCCGCACCAGCAGUUCAUGGAGCUGAAGAACGAGCUGCUGCUCAAGGGCGGCGACGCCUACACCCUGGACACCGCCUCCAUGUACCACCUGCCCUUCUCGCCCACCUCGAUGAUCAAUGCGGUAAACGAUGUGAACACCUCGUCGCUGCUGGAAACCAAAGAAAUUAGCAGCAGCAGCAGCGGCGGCAACAGCAGCAACGGAGCCACUAGCAACAAUGCAUCCACCGUGGUGAGCAGCAGUGCGAGCAAUGGCCUCAAGCCGGCGGCCAAGAAGACACCAGUCAUUCUGCUGGCCGCUCGUGGUGCCGCAAAGCAGCCGCAGCUCAGCAUUCUUAAUGGCAACACCAAGGCCGGAAUCGGAAAUGCAAGCGGAGGCAGCGGCGGCGGCGUUACAUUGGUGCGCGUCAAUGCAACCAAUCGCAAUCAGCGCCAAGUUAUCGUCGCCCCGGAAGCAGCACCUGUGGAACAGCAGCCAGUGGUCGAGGAGGAGAUGUUGGCCGAGGACGAUGAGCUCGACGAGGACAUGGAUGAGGAUGCAGUUGCCUUGUCCGGGCUCUCCUCCUCUACUGCCCAGAUCCUGCGAAAGUUCCGCAUACCCAAGGGUACGGCCGUGACGGCCAAAUCGGGGGAGAACUACCUGGCCAUGCCCACACCCACACCCUCGCCGCCGGGUGUGGUCAAUUUGGUUAGCUCCGGCGUUGAGGCUUCCGGCUACAUAGAAAAUGACGACGACAUCAUCGAGGAGCUCAACGAGGACGACCUGGUCGAGGAGAUCAUCGACGAGGAGCCCAGCCAGGAGCAGCCGGAGUUGCAAGAGGCGACAACAGCCAAUGGCCUCGAUCUGAGCAGCACGAACAAUGCGACCGCCACAACGACUGGCACCGCCAUGCUGCUGGCCCCACAACCGCCUCCGCUUCAGCUGCAGACGGUGGCCUCCAACGGCACCGUGACCUGCUUCAACCUGCCGGCCAACACCAUCCUGUUGCAGUCGGCCGAUGGCAGCAUAAUCGCCGCCACCCAGGUGCCGCAUCCCAGCAAGGCGGGUCAGCAGCAGCUGAUUGCGUUGCCGGGCAACGUGGCCCUGGCCACCGAACAGGCGUCGCAGGCUCAGGCCACAUCGGCGCCACAGCCCACGCAGACCCUGAUCCUGACCGCCGACGGCACGGCCAUUCCCAUCCUGGCCACAACUCCCCAACAGCAGCAGCAGCAACAGCAGCAGCAGCAACAACAGCAACAGGCUGCCGCUGCUGCUGCUGCUCAGUUGUUCGCCGCGUAGGGGCUAAUGGGUGGCCAAAUGGGUCGAUUUUUGAACAGUGCCACCAUAAUGCCGACCACAUACUUCUUUUAGAAAUCUCAAAACUGUUCCGCGCAGAUUCGUUUGCCCAUGGCGCAAAGCUGGGAACGCAGCUCUGUGCCGUCGGCAACGUCCAAAUGUUUUUAGGGUUUUAGAAUACUUCAAAAAUCGUCACAUUUGGCCACCAAAAUGCGGGGAGAAAUGCAGCAGGAGCGUUUGCUGUAAAGAAACGAAUGAAAUGGAAGGAAUAUUAACUCAAACAUAAGCCAAGCUAACUCAUUGAUAUUACCACACUGUUGGAUGUGCAUACGAAAUUUAUUUUUUUACUCAAAAACCAAAUGCCUACAAGAAUAUAAAUCAAAUGUUGUUCAACACACAGAAAAGCACACACACGCGAAUGGAUUUGAGGCGGAAUCAAAUGCAUUCGGUUCACGGCAAACUUAAGAGCAUCGUAAAUUAAAAUAAUUUCUACGCCUAAGCUAAAUUUUAAAUGUUUAAGUGAAAAACACGAGACACACACCCCAAACCAGUUGUAACUAUUUCACCUGCCUACAGUGCGGGCAGAAUAUGUUUAGCGUAAUUUAGUUUUACGAGAACGUUUCCGUUUCGAUGAAAAGGAUAGCUCACUUUUGUAACUAUCGGGAGCGUUCUCAAGAAAUAUACUUAUAAAUAUAAUUUGUUCCUUGCAUAAUGAGAGAUAGACAGCUAGAGCGACUAUGCAACGUAUUUCAUGUAGUAUUUAUUCGAUAAGUUCUCGAUUUAUUUAUUUAUUUUUGUUAACUAUUCCCAUUCGUGUAAGCCGCAACCUUUGUCAUUACACUUUCUAUUGCCAUGUUGUAAAUUCUUUACGUAUAUAUAUAUAUAUAUAUAUAUAUUAUAUUUUAUUUGCAAUCUUGUUAUGCCAUUCGUACACAAAUAGGAAUUCAAGCAUAGCACCGACCCAUACUUUAGACUAAAGUAUUUUUUUAACCCGUUCUUGCGAACCCAACGGCCCAAGAAUGCAGUUACCAUACACACAUUAGGCUAAGCGAAACCAGGUUAAGAUAAUUUAAGAUGAGAUACUUUAACCGAUGGAAGACAAUGAUUUAAAAUAGCUCGUAGUACGUACUCUAAGACAAAUAAGCAAAACUGAGUUGCACUUCUGUAAGAUAUACUGUAACUAAUAACGAAGCGGAAAAGCUACAAAUAAAGCAACUCGAGUAGCCUACAUAAUGUAUAAUACAAAUUCUAAAGCUAAUAUUUACGUAUACAUAUAUAUAUAUUUAUUAUAAACAAUAAAAAUACAAUUUUAAAAAUUUAAAGCAAUAAA